AUGUCGGUAAGGAACUUGACUUACAACGGCAGUAGCAGCAACGACGGGCUGGGAACUUCGGCUGACGACGAUAACAGAAAUGGCUCUCGUUCGUUCACCAAUCAGAACCCGUUUUUGGGCAGCGAAGAAGAGGAGAAUGGGUUGCUUGGGCGUGGCGACCAGCAUGGAGGCCGCGGGAACACAGAUUCUUCUUCCUCGUCGAUACAUUACGAGGCGAGGGAGAAUAGCGAAACGUCGUUGAUACACAACACCUUCCAACACCAGGCCCAGGGAAACAGCCGGAUAUCGGACUACAAGGGCUACUACUCGAGGAAUGGCCGCGGUUCAUCGCAGGGAGGUCUUGGAUCGUCAGCACGUGAUAACACACGGUUGAAUCCUUCCAAGGCACUACCAUCGUCUACGUCUUUGAACACUGGUCUCUCCGCCAACGAUAUACUGUCCCCACCGGAAUACGAUAGGUAUCCGCUGGUUAGCUCCAGGGUUACUUCGAUGGCGCAGCUGAACAACCCGGCGCACGGGCACGUUCCUCCGGUGUCGGCCUCUUCGUCGGCUGGCAAUGUCUCCAGCUCAUCGAUUUCAUCAAAUCCUUUCCUUGGUGAGCAGGACUUUUCGCCGUUUGGCGGCUAUCCGGCAUCGUCGUUCCCGCUAUUGAUGGAGGAGAAAGAAGAAGAUGACUAUUUGCACAAUCCAGACCCAGAGGAAGAAGCAAGAUUGGAUAGGAGGCGAUUUGUCGAUGAUUUCAAACACAUGAGUAAAAGAUCCUUUGGUGGACUUGUCGGCGUAUUGGGGCUAUUCUUGGGCGCGAUGGUUAUUUUCAUCGUUGUGCCGACUUUGACUUUCACCGGUGUUACGCAUCAUAAGCAAGAUGAGGUCGUUUUCUUCUUAACUGACUACGAAUAUCCACAGCUUUCAGCAAUUAGAACGAGUUUGAUUGAUCCAGACACUCCAUCCAGCGCGAUGACGAGACAGGCCAAGGACGGCUCAUACUGGCAACUCACGUUUUCAGAUGAGUUCAAUGACGUAGGAAGGACAUUUUAUGAAGGUGAUGACCAAUUCUGGACCGCACCCGACAUCCAUUAUGCUGCUACGCACGAUUUAGAGUGGUAUAGUCCUGAUGCGGUGACGACCCAGAACGGUACCUUACAAUUUCGAAUGGAUGCGUUCAAGAACCAUGAGUUGUACUACCGUUCCGGAAUGGUUCAAAGUUGGAACAAACUAUGUUUCACUCAAGGCGUCUUAGAAAUCUCAGCAAACUUGCCAAAUUACGGACGUGUCACUGGUUUGUGGCCUGGUUUGUGGUCAAUUGGUAAUCUUGCGCGUCCGGGCUACACAGCCACAUCUGAAGGUGUUUGGCCUUAUUCGUAUGAUUCGUGUGAUGCUGGUAUUACGCCGAAUCAAAGUUCUCCCGAUGGUAUUUCGUACUUACCUGGCCAGAGACUGAGUAUUUGUACUUGUGAUGGUGAAGAUCAUCCAAAUCAAGGAACGGGUAGAGGCGCCCCAGAAAUCGAUAUUUUGGAAGCUGAGGCCGAUACUCACCUGGGUGUCGGUGUUGCAUCUCAAUCUUAUCAAAUCGCUCCAUUUGACAUCUGGUAUAUUCCAGAUUAUGAUUUUAUUGAGAUCUAUAAUUUCACCACAACAUCUAUGAAUACUUACUGCGGUGGUCCAGUCCAGCAAGCAGUCUCAGCAAUUACCACCCUUAACACUUCGUGGUAUGAAUUUGGUCCCAACGCAGGCAAGUUCCAAAAAUACGCUUACGAGUAUCUGAACGAUGACGAGGAUGGGUACAUCCGUUGGUUCGUCGGAGACGUGCCUACUUAUACUCUUUACGCCAAGGCAUUGCAUCCAAACGGCAACAUCAACUGGAGACGAAUCAGUAAGGAACCAAUGUCCAUCGUGAUGAACUUAGGUAUUUCAAACAACUGGGCCUAUAUCGAUUGGCAAUACAUCUUCUUCCCUGUGACUAUGUCUAUUGAUUACGUGAGAAUAUAUCAACCCAACGGUUCGGUGGAUAUGACCUGCGACCCCGCCAGUCACCCAACCUAUGACUAUAUCCAAGCACACCUGAAUGCAUACAUGAAUCCUAAUCUGACGACUUGGGAAGAGGCUGGUUACACUUUCCCGAAGAAUAUUCUGACCGGUAACUGUAAGAGCUCAAAAUAUAAGCUCACCAGCUGA